UUCUAUUCAUUUGUUGUGCUUUGCCGCCCGACGCAGUGGAUACCUUCUCCAAUAGCAUGGGUCCACACGCCUCGACUCCUUUUACCUGCACAUUCUGCUACCGACCGUCCGAUGGCCCCCCUCACGUCCUCGGUCACGAGGCGCGCCUGACCUGCUCGCCCUGCCACGCGGCGCUCAUCGACCUCGCCAUCUGCUGGGUCUGUGGGGAAGUUGUCUACCGCGGGGACGAGUGCGUCAGCCUGGGAUAGUGCUUCUGGCACCGCCUGUGUUACGGGUGUCUAUUUUGCGGGAGCAAGCU